AUGAAUCGUCUGCAACGUGAGUACGAUAAUUUAGAAGAAAUUGGACGAGGUGGAUUUGGAGUCGUUUAUCGUGCUCGAUGUAUUGCUAAAGGAAAGGAGUGGAGCGGAAAAUACGUCGCGAUCAAAAAAAUUGAUAUCACCAGAGCAACGACGUUUCGAGUCGAAUUAGAGUUAGAAGCUUUAUCCAAACUUGUCCAUGACAAUAUCGUAAAAUUUUAUGACCAAUUCCAAGAAGAUGGUGCACAAUAUAUCAUCAUGGAGUACUGCAAAUAUCGGUCAUUGCGAGAUUACGUUAAACAAAAUGGAAGAUUGUCCGAUUUUUCAGCGGCAUACAUUCUUCGCCAAUUAGUAAGUGCAGUGAAGCAUAUACAUGAACGUAAUAUGAUACAUCGUGAUCUCUCCGCUGGAAACGUCCUUAUUUCAUCGAUCAGAGAAGACAAAUUAUUUGUUAAACUUGCUGAUUUUGGUCUUGCAACAAAUUUUCGGAAAGGUGAUGUUGCCAGGACAAUGCUUGGAACUCCCGGAUAUAUUGCACCACAAGUGUAUAAUCGGCAUUAUAAUCAAAAAGCAGAUGUUUACUCUCUGGGUGGAAUAUUGUAUCUGAUGUUAACUGGAAACGAUCCGCCGCGAGAUCGCGAAGUAAAUCCCUUCAAGGAAACUAUCGCGCUGGAGAGUGCUACUCUCAUCCAAAGUAUGAUGGAUCCAAAUGAAGAAAGACGUAUUACUCUCGGAGACAUAUCAUUGAGUGACUUUAUGAGAAAAGUUGAUGGACUUAGUCUUCCGAUAAGUCGAUCUCGCGAAACAUCAAGAGAAAGGAUCAUUUAUCGUGACUGUCAAACUGCGCAUAUUUCACCGGUGAUUGUUCGAGCACACUCAGCGAGACCAACAGCUAAUGGACAUAAGCGUAUAACUAAUGAUUCUGCAUUUGAAAGUGGCGAAAGCGCUCAUCCUUAUCGCCGACGACCGUCUAUGGAUUACUAUCGUGGUGAAUCGACUGGCAUAACAAAUUGUCGGCAUAACAUUUAUUUGGAAAAUCAGUGUGCACACUGUGGCAAACAACAAUCAUUAGAAAGGAAGCGUGGAAGGGAGAUUGACGUAUACGAAUCCAAUGGUAUGCGGCAUUCAUCACGUGCAGAACGGAGACCUGUGCUUGUUACACCAGUUGAUACUAAUCUAAAGGAGAUAAGGAAAAACAUUGGUGAUCAUUCAAACAAAACAACUGCCGAACUUGCAUGGCCAAUUGAUGUGUCACGUUUGGAAUCUUCUGAGUCUAUACGAAAAGCGGGAAGGUUUAUACUUCAAAAAAAUGGAACAAUCGUUUACGAAGCUAAUAUUCGAGAUCGAAGCCAUUCAAUUAAUCGAAAUGGUUCUAUAAAUAAUGAGAUAAUGGUAAAAUGGAUCGCCACAGUAAAGAAAACAACGAAUGGGGCACAGAAUUUUUCGGUUUUUCGGCAGCCAGACAGUGAUUUUCCUGCUACAAAUAAAGAAAUACCAUCUCUUCCGGCUGAUGCUAAAAUUCAUCGCAAUUAUUAUAGUUUAAAACAGCUGCAACAUACAACCGAUAAAGUGGAUGAGAUUGCUGUUGCGUUGUACAGGAAGAUUCUAGAUGAGGUCAGUGCAGUGGGAGCACGUGUUGUUAAGAUUAUCUUCAAACCAUCAUGUGAUAGCACUGCUCGGCUGAUGGAAAAUGGCGAUUUUCGAGUCAAAUUUCAAGAUGGACGAUUGGCUGUUCUGAAAAAAAGCGCAAACUCGAUUGCUGUUACAACAAGUAAUAAGGAUCUCGCAUCUUUAUCAAAUGAAGAAAGAUGCAUGUUCGAAUGUGCUCAUAAGGAUGCGCUUUUGGUGGAGACAUUCUUAGAGGGCGCACCAUUUAAGAUUGUAAAAUCGUUUCCAUUUCACUUCUCAAACAGCAGUCAAUUCAUUACGAAUGAGGUGGCAGAAAAAAAUAUGGCGGGACAGCAAGCGAAUCGUAUGAUUUCGGAAAGAUUCAGCGUUCCUACUCAGCGAUUAUCAGGCAAAAAGUGUCAAUCCACGGAUUACGUGCCGAAACAGCCUCGUGCACCACUUCGCAGUCGCAAUAUUUCAUCGUUAUCUAGGAAUUCAGACAAUGGUGUUAAAAUUAUUCCGAAAAUUAGAAGAGCAAGUUGCUCAUCACCUGAAAAUCUGCAAUUGCCUCGCCAUCGACCUCAAAUGCUUGCUGAUGGAGAGUACAUCCUGCGCGGUCAAUUUGAUAAAAAUGGCGUACAAGUUCCAACGCGGAUCAUUUUAAACGAUUCAAAAGUCGCGCUCGAAUUGCGAAUAUCGUCUAACGAUCCAGAAAUUUUUGUUUUUAAAGAAAAUGGUUAUGAGGAAAGGUUUCGCUUUGAUGGUAUCAAUUACGGCUGUGUUCCAGUAGCCGCUCGUGACCUUCUUUUUACAUUGUGUCAGAAACGACAGAAAUUGAAAACAUCAAUAAAUUAUGCUUGA